AUGUACGCCGCUCAGAAUAUAACGCCAACAGUUUUGGAUGCCAUGAACGGAAAUGUUUCCGAAUGGUAUAACGAAUGCGACAAUGCCAUUAGAAGGUCAGAAAUAGUUCCUGGAACUUACGAAUAUACAACUGCUGUUUCUUAUGGAAACGUAGGUGAGUUUGGAGAAGGUUCUUCAACAACAGUAGAUAUUGCUUGCGACAGGUUUCACAUUAUUUCUAUUGACAACUCAUUCUUAUACGUGGAACAAGACAUUGAAAUAAAACCUUCUGCCAAGUUGUCUGACAAGAAAGGUUGCAAUGGAAUUUUCUAUGUCGGAUACCAAUAUGCUCCAGAAGUUUUCAUGGGAUAUAAGAUAUAUUCUAACUCUGACUUAGUUCAAACAGUAACAUGGGCAAACUAUGAAUGGUUCGCUUUGAGAAACUCAGUACAACCACAAGCUAGAGAACAAACAGACCAGUAUGCAACUAUUGAGAAAAUAAGAAGACUUGACCCUAACGUUCCAGGAGUUUAUGUUAACCUUUCUGGUUCAGAUGGAAAUGCUGUCACUAAAGUAAAACUGAAACUUAGAGUUCCUUUGUCAUCUUUCCUCAUCUUCAG